CCCUUGAGGCAAUUACCGUCGAACUCUCGCCAAAACCUCUUCUCUUCCAUCUCCAUCUCCAAUCCAUCUCCAUUUCAAGAUACUUUCAGUCAGUCAGUCUUUUCAGGACCACUGAACUUCUACAUCUCCACUCUAUACUUUCUCUCCGCACUUCACUUCUCAACCCCCAUACACAUUCACAAUGGCCUCUUCCGCAGUUGCUGCCGUCAAGGCUGAGACCCCCGAGAAGCUCAGCGGCGCCGCUCUCUACUCCAGAUUCGCCAUCGCUGGUGCCCUCUGCUGCUCCAUCACCCACGGUGCUCUCACCCCCGUCGAUGUCGUCAAGACCAGAAUCCAGCUCGACCCAGCAACCUACAACCGCGGCCUGAUCGGUGGAUUCCGUCAGGUCAUCGCUAAGGAGGGCGCUGGUGCUCUCCUGACCGGUCUCGGCCCAACCUUCGCCGGUUACUUCCUCCAGGGCGCCUUCAAGUUCGGAGGUUACGAGUUCUUCAAGCAGCAGUCCAUCCAGCUUGUCGGCUACGAGACUGCCGCCAACAACCGCACCGCCGUCUACCUCGCCUCCGCCGCGUGCGCCGAGUUCUUCGCCGAUGUCGCCCUUUGCCCUCUUGAGGCUACCCGUAUCCGUCUCGUUGCCGAGCCUACCUACGCCAACGGCCUGAUCGGUGGCUUCAGCAAGAUGCUCAAGACUGAGGGUGUCGGCUCUUUCUACGCCGGCUUCGGUCCCCUCCUGUUCAAGCAGGUCCCAUACACCAUGGCCAAGUUCGUCGUCUACGAGAAGGUCGUCGAGGCCGUCUACAAGCAGGUCGACCGCUCCACCCUCUCCGACGGCGCCCAGACCGGUGUCAACCUCGGAUCCGGUCUCAUCGCCGGUUUCGCCGCCGCCCUCAUCUCCCAGCCAGCCGACACCAUGCUUUCCAAGAUCAACAAGACCAAGGGCGCUCCCGGAGAGGGCACCACCUCCCGCCUGAUCAAGAUCGCCAAGGACCUCGGUCUUAGGGGCUCGUACACCGGUAUCGGUGCCCGUCUGUUCAUGGUCGGAACCCUGACCGCUGGACAGUUCGCUAUCUACGGUGAUGUCAAGAAGGCCCUCGGCGCCGUCGGCGGUGUUGAGAUUGCCGUGAAAUAGAUAUUUACGCACCUAGACGAAUCGGAGAUGUAGAAAGUGGAUGGUAGGGAAAACUGGAAAAAAGGAGGAGGGGCAGGCAGGGACUCUCCUGUCAACGGAAAGGAGGUGGGGAUCUGAACUUAUAUCGCAUUACAAAGAAUGUUCCCGGCUGUUUUUCUUCAAGGGCGCGGCGAGAAGAUAUAUUUUUGUUUUCUGGCUCGGGCGCAACUUAGAGAGAUGCAUAGAUGAUAGACCUUUUUUAUUUUGCGCUUAGGUUCGUGGCUUUUUUGGGGCCGACGAGGCGCUUGUAUACUACUAUAAUUGGAUCGCGGAAUUUGGAUGUGGAAUAGUAGUGUUUAAAG